AUGCCCGGUCUGGGCAUAUGCCGUGGGCAUAGAAUUCCCAGCAAACGCGCAUGCGAUCUUUGCACAGCUCCCGUUUUUUCGAAAGCAAACCGGUUUAUGGAAAUGGCGGGUAGGGCAGACGAGUGCAAGGUCUGCGAGAUCAAGACGCUAGGGCUGGAGAACGAUGGCGAGGCGAAGCGACUGCUACGCGCUGUGGCUGCGCAGGUACAACCGAUCAUGCGGCGGCGGCGCUGGCGCGUCGGCGUUCUCAGCGAAUUUCGGCCGAGAAAUCCUUCUUUGCUUGGGCUCAAUGUGAAUGGAGGACGCGAGAUCAAAAUCAGGCUUCGCCGCCAUGGGCGAGACUCUGAGUUUUACGAGUAUGAUUUUGUAUUGGGAACAAUGCUUCACGAGCUCACUCACAUCGAGCGCGGGCCUCACGAUGCCAAAUUCUACAAGCUCCUCGACGAAGUCACAAAGGAAUGCGAGGAUCUCAUGGCCAAAGGAAUCACUGGCACUGGCCAAGGCUUUGAUGCUCCAGGAAAGAAGCUGAGCAACGCUUCACACAACCCGCCGGCCUCGUCGCUACGUAAGACAGCUCUUGCUGCCGCCGAGAAACGCCAGCGGCUGGGAAGCCUCUUGCCGGCGGGGCCUCAGAAACCAGGAGGAGAUAUCAGCAUGAGGAACUCUCUCAGUCCUGCUCAAGCGGCUGCUAUGGCGGCCGAGAGAAGAUUCAGAGAUGAUUUGUGGUGUGGCGCUCCUGAGACGAUUGGAGAAGACGGUGAUGGCAAAGCAAAAGACAGAGAGAACAGAGGCAACACUUUAGAAGCUGGUCCCAGUGAAGCGUGUCGCUACAAAGAAGCACCUCCGCCAUCAAAGCGAGCCAAAGUUCCCGAGUGGGAGUGUAACGUUUGCACUCUAUUAAAUCCGCCCCUUGCGCCAAUCUGCGCAGCAUGUGGAUCCACACAGCCGGAAGCGAAUUUGUCGAAGAACAAAGCGUGGGCGUGCAAGUUUUGUGCGUCGCAAAAUCCAGUAGCGAUUGAUCGCUGCGUUCUUUGCGACGAGUGGAGAUACUCCACAGGACAUUAACAGCAAUCACAGGUACUUGAAUCUACUGCAAAGAUAAUCGACUUUUAUUAAGAAGAUACUGUCAAGUAUCUCACGCA